AAAACUUUGAACGGUGAAGUUAGCCAUAAGAGCCUGUAUAACACAAACAUGGUAGGGUUGGUGGACAUCAGAGUAAAUAAGGGUAAUUUUUCUGAGAGUCGUGUUGUGAUGAAGUGCACGAGCUACUGCAUUAGCUCCAUCAUCAUCAACAUCAGUUAGGUUCAACUCCUGUAGAGAACACCUGUGAGAGAGAGAGCCAGAGCAAGAGCAGAGCAAGAUGUAUCUG